AUUAAAUAUUAAUGGAAAUCAGCAAUCGAAAGGACAUUGAGAAAUUGAUAGCUUAUAGUAAAAGUUUUUAAGCUGGCCUCAUUGAAGAUGUAUUUAUUAUGAUUUAUUUAAAGGAUUUCAAUGACUAAUAUACACCUCCUGAGAAAUAUGUAUAUGAUUUAGAACCUAUUUCUGAAAUUAAAUUAGAAGAUUUUGAAACUAAUCUCAAUGAAGAUGAAAUGCUAAAAUUACUAAAAUAAAAUGUUUAAUCAGCUAAACUCAAAGAAAGUAUAAGCAGCGAAGCAAAUAGUCUAGCAAGUUAAGAUUCUAUAGAAAGGAGAUCUACUCCACCAAAAAGAUAAUAAUAAUAAUAAGUUCAACCUCCUAUCUAAAUUCCUGUAUAGAAAAGUUAAACCACUGCAGAUAUGUCAGAAUACAAUAAAGUCUCUGAAGAAGUCUUACAAUUUUUAGAUGGAGCUAAAGAACGUAGAUCGAUGUUAGGAGCUGCAAUUAAAAAUACUAAAGGCACUAGCAUGGUACUUACAUCAUAAGGAAAACCAAUCAAAAUUUACUUUUUUAACACUCAACAACAUAUUUAAAUUAAUGUUUCCAAAACUACUACUGUUCUCUAAGUUAUCAGAAUGAGCAUAACUGACUAUUAAAAAAAUAAUAAUUUUGAUUAAAAAUUACUUAGAUAUCCAAAUAAUGUAGAUGCUUAUGAAAUUAGAUUUGUUGAUGAUGACUUUGAAUUUAAAGCAGAAAUGGCUUUUGGAGCUAUUGACAAAAAAAAAGAAAUCUUAUCCACACAAACUAAUAUCUUCUCACUUAUUGAAGUCAAUAAUUAUAAAUAGUAAACCAAUGACAUGCAAAUCUUUGAAAAAAUUCUUCCAAAUAUGAUCUUAAUUGAUGUUCUUAUUCUUGAUUAAAAACCAGAAAAGAGUGUCACCACUAAAGUUUAAUUAGAUAAAAAUUCAAUUGUCGCAGAUAUCAUUACUUAGAUUAGCAAAAAAAAUAAAUAAGUAUUAUUAAUUCUAAUUUAUUCUAGAUCAAUUAAGUCAAUUUUAUUAUCUAACUCAAUGAUGAUGAAACUCUUAUAGAUCUUGAUCUAAAAAUGCCUGUUGCUUAAUUAUAAAAUAAAAAACUUUAAAUUAAACAAAAGACUUGGGCAGAUUAAGCUGAAUAAUAAUCUAUUAAUACUUAAAGAAGAGAUACUAUUACAGAAUAGGAGGAUUAUGUUGAUGCUCCUUUGAAUCAUAUAUAAGCAUUUAAAUAUGAAAAAUUUACUGUUGUCAAAAUCAAUGAAAGAGGAAAAAGAUAAGAUAGAAUAUUGGGUAUCGAUCAAUUUAGAAUUUAUAAUAUGAACAAAAAAGAAAAUUUAGGUAUCUAAUCAUUAAAUAUGAUUUUAGGAUUAUUUGAAAGAAUUUUAAAUAAUAAAAACACUGGUACAAAAUUCCCAGAACGAUUAAUUGAGGAUAUAGUUGACAUUAGAAUAGCAAAUUAAUUUUUAUACAUUACUUUUAGAUAAGAGAGUAUUUUUAAUAUAUAUUACAAAAAGAUGAUUUCAAAGAAUUGAAAUUUGAUACUUUAGAUCCUAAAAUUGCCAUAAAGAUUUUAAAUAAAAUUAAUUUUAUUAGAGAUUUUCAGAUUACAACAUAAAAAGUUAGAACUUAUAGUUAAAAAUUAGAUUGA